UUCCUGGAAAGAUAAAUAAAGAAUCAAAUAAGAGCUUUUUUGCUUCAGUAGCCAGUAACCACAGCGCAACUUAAAUACUGCGUUCAACUCUCACAGGAAGUGAAACAAGGGACACAGUAUGCUCAGAUUAAACAGACUUCAGUCUGCACAGUGAUGAAAAAAAAAAAGAGGGAGGGGAGGAAAAUAUUGGAUCACAUGACCAAAAGUCAUUCUGAAAGUAUGCUUGCGGGGCAUUGCCCACAGAAGUUUAAAAAGUCCUUCACACUGAGCGGCCGUGUCCAUGCAACGAGCAUCGUUUUUAGAGCUUUGAGUCGAUCAGCAGCGUCGGGCUGGUGGAUACAAAACAGAAGACGAGUGGGUGACGAAAGCAAAAAUGUCUAAUCACAGCGUGGACUUGGUCCCUACUGAAAGGAGCACCAUGCCUCCAUUUUCCAACAGUUCCACCGUCAAGGAGUACUUUACUUCAGCAAAUAACUCUGUCAUUGACAGAAUUGCAGCCAAUGACAUAACUUCCAGGGCAAACUAUGUCUACAGUUUCUUUGCGGGGUUGGGCUUCAUCGCAGGCUGCUUCCUGCUCUACAGCUACAUCCAAACCUACAGAGCCAAGAGACGGCUGGCUUGGCUCGGCUCUCUGCUCUGGGCCUUUUGUGUCCUCCAGCUGCUGCUUCUGCUCCUCUCUCUCCACGCAGUGGUCUACAGACCUGAUUACCUCAGUACCACAGGUUUGGGCUGUGCUGCUCUCUCCUUCACCAUAAACACAACCUAUCUGUGCAGCCUGUUGGUCUUAGUGCUCAUGGCUUAUGUCCUAACCAUGGAUCCGCCGUCCGACGCACUGCUGAGGAAGCCUCGGGUCUGUGCGGCUCUGGUGAUCCUGACUUCACUCCUGAUUUCUCUACUGCUGGCUGGGCUUCGUGGACCCAGAGGUAAUCUGCAGGAAGAACGCAAGUGUUUCAUGGAUCCAGUCCAUGCUGGGGUGUCGUAUGCAGCUGCUAGGUUGUGGCUGGCUUUUUUGAUUCCCUACAUCCUCCAACUGGGUCUUCUGAUAGGCGGCUGCGUCCGGCAGUGGAAAUCCAAAGGACGUUUCCUCUCCGGUUCCGAGGAGGGUCCUGUGUUCCUGACGGUCACUUUGGUCAUCUUUUUCUGCCAGCUCUUCUACAGCGUGGCGCUGGUGAGAGGAGCGCAACUAGAACUACCAGAGAGGGAGUGGCUGAGGGAACAAGCGUUUCUGAACGUGGCUGAGUUUGUACUGUUCUCAGGGAGCAGUGCCAGCCUCCUGCUCGUGCUGCUCAUGCACAGGCCGUGUCCAGAGAGUCUGUGCAGGGUGUUUAGGCAGCUGAGGAACUGCUGUCGAAGCCCAGGGCGCACACAACCCAACAGGAACAUCAUAGCUCCACACAUCGAGAUCACAGACACUCUGCAGGACAUAGAGUCAUAGAGGAUUAAGACUCUCUCAUAAGAGAGCAAAACUCUUCUGACGCAUUGAAAUUAAGACUUUUGAAAUCUGAUUCAAAACUAAUUUUUAAAAUGCUUUUAAUGCUUCUUUUACACUUAAGUGACAAUUUAAGGGUUUUUAAAAGUUAUAUUCUCAUUCUUAGUGUGUCUCCUGAGUAUGUGUGCUUGCAAAACUGUUUUUGUUUCACAAAAAAUAUGUGUUUUGCUGUAACUUCUUCAGAAUAGUGCAACAUUGACAGUUUUUAUAGUCACUGUUGCAAUGAUAACUGUAUAUUGUUUGUAUACAUUAACUAUGAUUGAGACUAUUAAACAAAGACUUGC